AUGGCGUUCUCCUUUUUCUGGACCGUGGCCACCAUACUUGUUCUCAGCAUAUUAAAAGUCAACAGUAAUCCUCCAGUUCCUGUGUUGGAUUUGCCAGAAAAUAUUUCUGAGAACGAAGAUGCAGCCAUCACGUGCACACUCUCCUGCACCAACUGCAAGGAUGUUCAAUUAACCAUCAAGGCCAAUGUGACAUUCAAAAGUUGCAACUUUCAGACAGGCAACAACCCAAAUGUAACCUGUAUAGUGGAGGUCACCCAAGAGACACACGAGAAAGAGUUCAUCUGUGAGGCUGAGUUUAAAACCAAAAGCUUGUCUAAAAAGUUGAUUAUUCAAAAACCCACUCCAAGCCACAGUGAAAAUGGAAAAACUGGAAGAAAAGAACCUGUAUUAGCCAUCAUCUUGCCCAUGAUAAUGACUACCAUUUUUUUUAAUUAUUUGUUUUAG